AUGGUAUAUCCUAAGAUUGCCCUUUGCUGGGUCAUUUUUACCUUGGCAUUUACAGGCAUUGCCUCUGAAGACAACAAAGACGGUAAGUGAUUAUUAUAGUUCAAGAAAGCAAUGAUGAACUAAGCUUGAGGUGUCCAUAUUCCAAAUGUAAAUGGUCAUAUGAAGGCAAUCCUAUGGAAUAUGAGGAAUCUCAGAAUUGCUUGCUGAAUUUAGGCUCUGUGUGGAAUGAUCCUCGUGGAACCUACUCAUGCCAGGAUCCUGACAACAAGGAUGUCAUAAAAAUCAAGUUUAUUGAUGUGUAUGUGAGAAAGUGUCAGAACUGCAUAGAACUGGAUUCUGGGACAAUCUCCGGAUUUAUAAUUGCUGACUUAAUCAUGAUUGGCUUUAUUGCCAUGGCUGUGUAUUUUGUUUCUGGCUCGGAGACCCGCAGACCUGGAAGAGCUUCUGACAAACAGAAUUUGAUUGAUGGAGACCAAGCAUAUCAGGAAUUAGGGCCACGUCGAAAUGACGAAUACAGUGUGUGCCAGUCAUGCGUACAAGAAAUGCUGUUU